AUGAACGAGACAAAACAUUUGACAAAAGUGAAUUUGGCUCUUAUUGGGUUUGGUAGAGCUGGUCAGUUCCACUUUAGAAAUAUAUUUGCAGACUAUCGUGUCCAGCUUAGUUGGAUUGUGGAAGAAGAUGUGGUUCGAGCCAAUCAAGUUGUGCAAAAUUAUUCUCUCACAUCAACAACUGUUAUUAAAAGCAAGGAGAUUGAUCAAGUGUGGCGGGAUGACAGUGUCAACGCAGUGAUAAUCUGCACACCGACUUGGACACAUGAAUCGUUAGUCAGAGCCGCCUUGAAAGCAGGUAAACAUGUGUUGUGCGAGAAACCAAUCAGUCCAUCCAUAGAUAGCAUUAAAAGUCUGUUUGCCGAGGCCAGGUCUCACGAUAGAGUUUUGUUUUGUGCAUUUAACAGGAGAUUUGAUCCAGGAGUAAGUUCCUUGAAAUCAAGGAUCAGAAAUGGAGAGAUUGGACAAAUACAACAUGUUAAGACAAUAAGUCGUGACUUUCCACCUCCAUCUUUGUCAUACUUGAAAACAUCAGGUGGUAUAUUUCAUGACUGCGCCAUUCAUGACAUUGACUUGACGAGUUGGCUCGCAGGCGAGGCACCUUGUAUGGUAUAUGCGCAGGGACAUGCAUUUAAUAAAAGUAUUCAUGAGAUAGGGGAUCUGGACACUCUCUCUAUUGUAUUGAAGUUUCCGUCUGGUAUCCUUGGGACUAUUGAUGUCAGUCGAUAUGCGGCCUAUGGGUAUGAUCAACGAACGGAGGUUUUGGGAAGUGAAGGCAUGAUACAGAACAACAACUGUAGACCUUGUGAACUGGCCAUUCAUAAAGGAGGUUCAGGGAAGAUGGAAAAUCCUAUUUAUCAAAGUUGCCCAGAAAGAUAUAAUGACAGCUAUAAACAUGAAUUGAAUCAUUUCAUAGAUGUUGUAAAAGGAGAGAAGAAUAAAUGUGAAGUGACAGCUGAAGAGAGCAUCAUGGCGUCUGUGGUAGCAGAAGCAUGUAACAAGUCAUACAAACUAGGGAGACCAGUGAACAUAGUUAAUGGUGAAAUAAUAACAUCGACAAUGACUGCAUUGAAUGGGAAAGAAGAAUAAAUGUGAAGUUACAGGUGGAGGACAGUGAACAUAGUUUAUGGUGAAAUAAUAAAACCAACAAUGACUUAAUUGUAGAAUACUUUAUUUUCGCUUGGAAUUAAUUUUCGGUGAAGGAAUAAUUCAUUGAAAAUAAAAUCCAGCUAAUAUACCUGUUUUCCUAUAUUUAACAUUUGUAAAAAACCAGUGAAAAUAAAUUCCAUACAAAACACCCAAAAAGUCUUUUCAGCCUAAAUUUAUUCCAGCUAAAAUAAAGUAUUUUACAGUAUUGGGCCUUCUGAAUUUGAUCUCAGGAUUUUGUUGUACAAGAUUUAUCAUUAUUUAUGCUCAUAGGGGUGAGAGUGAGAGGUUAUACAAUGUUGGUCACAG